UUAACCUUAUUGGAUAAAUGCGUUCACAUUAAUCUGAUAUAUAUGUUAUAAUUUUUCUCUCAACCUUUCUUUUUCUGUUAUCGUUUUGAAAACUUCAUUAUUCGAUCGAUCAAAUCUCACAUUGUGCAACAUCAACAAAACGUGACGUUAGCCAAGUGUGCGUUAUUCGAUUUGCCUAACCGCGAAAUGUCAAUUGCUUACUCUUAUUGUUUUCUACUAACGGAACGAUAGGACAAGAUGAUACGGAGUACUCUUGAAAAAACGAGGAAUGAAUAAUACCAAUGCAACCAUUCACGAUAUUUUAUCAGGUGAGUCGAAUGAAGGAUAUCCAGAGCGAUGACAUUCGUAUCCGGCACGAUGUAUUUUAGGACGCCAGGCGAUCUCCUUGUCCAUACACGUCAUCGGUGGCAUUAUAAUCGCUAUUAUAAUUUGCACUUGCUGCUGCACCUUAUUCGUGAGGAACAAGUGUGCGAGGAUCAUUGAUAAGCUGACAGGCAGACAGAAAAAGGAGUCAGUAUAUUAAAAAAAACUAUUAUCUGUAAUGCGAUUCUCAGCACGAUUCCGAGGUUAAAUAUACGAGAAACGAUUGAUCAGUGUGUAAAAAUAUAUUCAGAAAGUAUUUCCCUUCCGACAUCGAGGAAGGACGAAAGAAAUUACGGAAAAAAAAGAAGAGACCCGUGUCGCCGGACUUGAUACAGACGACGGAAGUCACCGCGCCGAUUAUCCCAAAGGAACCGGUGAGGGCGGAGAGAUUGGAGACCGCAUCACCGACUCCCUGCUACAAAUGUUACAGAAAAAAGAAAAAGGGACGAAAAACGAGGCAGAUACGAUGAGAUCGCGAAGAAGAUUAAUCGAUAAGUAAACCAGGCAACGAAAAUGAGACAUCUUCUCGAAUUAAAAGGAAAUAAAAACACAUGCUACAACAGAAUGAUCUUUUGUUUUUAUUUGUGCGAUUCUUUCUCUUUUUCUAAUGUCUCGUUUGAUAGAAAAAUGCGGAUGAUCAGUGUUUGUGUUGUAAUCGUCGCGUUAAUUUUUGUCUUAAGAAUCCACGGUACGAUAGACGUGAAUCUGAGCGAAUUGGAGUAUCUCGCAGCUCGAUUAAACCCGGUCGAAUGUAGGCGAUUGAUCGCCGCGCUUCAUUAUACGACUUACGACUUGCCGAGCAGCUUGGCUGCAGCAGAGCGUAAGGUGGACGAGGAGAUCCCGUGUCUGCGUCAACUGCUUCAUUGGAAUAGUUCUCCUGAGGAGGGUCGGGGAAAGACGCACGCGGCGAUUGUACAUCGACUUCGGCAGCUAAAUCGCAACGAUCUCGCCGAUUGGCUUGGCAAAACCACCUUCAAACAACUGGGAAAGGAUCUGGACAAUGCUAUUACGCUGUCCUUCGACGAACUCGCCGAGGAAGAAAUGGAAACCAGCACGUCGGCAUUCCACAUUACUAAUUAUACUCAGGGCUGCGCAAAACAUGAUCGAAAUAUCCUUUACAAAAUGCAUAGCCAUAAAAUAUAUUUUAAUUGUAAAAUAUAAAGUG